CUUAAAAUGACCUUUGGUCUCAGUUCAGUCAAAUUGUAGACAUUACUGAUAAAUGUCUUCUUCUUGUUUGGGAGAAAGCAUAAUUUCAGAUAAGAGCGAAAUAGAUUGUUAGUCAGAAAUAACCGCUCGAUCUGUAGUCUCGUUUGCCAUGAAUUAUUUAAUCGGUGAAACCGAGGAACUUAUUAGCAAUGAUAUGUUAUUAUGUACUGCACCACAUCCUUCGUCUACCCGUGAUGAAACCUCCCGAUCAGGAACAAAGGUGUUAAGCACAAUAUUUUUAAUCACCAAUGCUACCCUUGGAGCAGGCCUUUUGAAUUUUCCACAAGCCUUUGACAAAGCUGGAGGAUUGGCUACAUCCAUUAUUACUCAAUUUGUUUUUCUAAUUUUCAUCACAGCUGCGCUCAUAAUUUUAGCAAAUUGUAGUGAUGUUACAAAUACCUGUUCUAUGCAGGAUAUGUUUUCUAAAUUUUAUGGGCAUAAAUCAUUCUUAUUAUGUGCUAUAUGUAUUAUAAUAUACAGUUUUGGAGCUUGUUUAACAUUUUUAAUAGUUAUUGGUGAUCAGUUUGAUAGAGUUUUAGCAACAUAUUAUGGACUGAAUUAUUGUCAUACUUGGUAUUUAUCUAGAUCAUUUAUCACAGCUGUAAUGUGUAGUGUAUUUAUAUUACCCUUAUGCUUUUUUAAAAGACUGGAUAUUUUAAGUUAUGCUAGUUCUGUUGGUUGUAUAACUAUUCUGUAUGUGAUAUGGUUAAUUAUUUACAAAAAUUUUACAAAAACUGAAUCUCCUGUUAAUCCCAUGAAAAUAUGGCCAGAUAAUAACUUGGAAACACUUCAAAUAAUUCCAGUAAUUUGCUUUGCUUAUCAAAGUCACAUGACAGCGAUACCGAUGUAUGCUUGUAUGAAGGAUCGAAAACUUGGAAAAUUUACGUUCUGUGCCGUAAUGAGUAUGAUUAUCUGUUUUAUCGCUUAUACAGUGGUUGGAAUAUGUGGAUAUGCAACAUUUGGUGCUGGAAAAGUUCCUAGCGAUAUACUUCAAGGAUACACAGACAAAAGUGUAAUCCUCACUUUAGCCAUUAUAUUUAUAGCGGUUAAAAAUUUUACAACGUAUCCAAUUAUACUAUAUUGUGGCCGUGAUGCUCUUUUAAAUCUGCUUGGAAUGGAUAUUAACGUAAAUGUUAAGUUUAGAGUUUUUAUAACAUUGAUCUGGUAUACAUUAUCUUUGAUAAUCGCGAUAGUAGUACCCGAUAUUUCACCAGUUAUUAAUGUAUUAGGGACAUUAUCAGCCCUUUUUAUCUUCGUUUUUCCAGGCAUUUGCCUGUUUCAAAGCAUUCUUUUAAAGGAUUCAGAAUUACACUUGAAUAAAGAUCGCUUGCUAAUAAUUUUUGCCAUUUUUAUUACUGGACUAGGUGCAUUUGUAUCGGGUGUUAUUUUAAUCGAAUGUAUACAAGAUUUAUCUCCAGCACCGCAUAAACCAUCAUUAGUAACUGGUUUUAGACAGCUAAGAGAAAGUUUGUGUAAAUAAUUUGUUCCUCAGAAUUUAAUAGAAAAAAUAUUAUGUAAGAGAAUUUCCUGCAAACUACCGAUCUCAAGACGAAACGUAUAGUCUGCAAUAAUGUACUUUUCAAAAGUUUGCUCAAUGUAUAAUUUUAAUUUUAGUAUUAAGUCAGAAAAGACUGAUGUAUGUACAAAAUCAUUGCCAUAUCUGAUGGGUUGUGCCAGGAAAUUUUUAGAAACUGAAAUUUUAUUUUUAUACUGUAUUUAUAUAUCUUGAAACAAAAAAUAUAUUAAAUAAAUAGAAUUAUACAUAA